GUCAAUGGGUGCCACACAAAAAAAUUAGGUGUGGUUUUUCUUGCCCAACAAUUUGAACGCUUCCAUUUGCUUGUCUUUUCUUCUUCCAUUUUUUUUAUUCAAUUUUUUAGAACUCGCUUUAUACUCGCUAACGAUUCAGUUUGUAACCAUGGCAAGCAGUGGAAACACAAACAUUCCCUCAGUCGACGCGGCAAGCAGCACAUUUAUGGUGCAGUACAGCCAGUUCGAGGCCGCGCACAAGCAGCAGCUCGAGUCCCUGGGCCUGCCCAAGCACCUGUGGCAGGUGCUGUACAAUAAGCUUGCUGCCGAGAAAUUCGACAUUGGCCAGCAUGUGAUCUUUGGCGAUGACAACGCGCGCACCAACACUGAGGCCAGCGAGGGCAGAACCGGUAGUUUGACCGACCAUACGCUCGUCCUGGGCCAGGGAAACCUGGACGCAUUGAGCGACGUGUUUUUGAUCGACCACGCGUGGACGACCACCAUCGACCAAGCGAUCAGUGAGCUUGAGACUGUUCCCGGCCUGUUGGAUCGCAUGGAGGCCCUGACGGGCGUGUUUGAGCCCCAGGAGAAGGUUCUCGCUAUGCCCAACACGGAGUCGUUUGACUCUGCGAUGGAGGUCAACGUACCCGUUGUGGUGUCGCAGACUGGCGUCAGCGAAGAGAAGGCCCGGGAGCUACUGAAAAAGACCGGAGGUGACAUUAUUGAGGCCAUCAUUGCUGGAAACGAAAAGCCUGGAGAAGCCAACAGUGGGCAGCAGUCGAUCCAGGACCAGAUCAAAAGACAGCUUGGCGGUGGCGACGAUGAUGAUGACGACGAAGGCGCAAGCAAGCCCACUGAAUGGAGAACGCGCAAGUACAACUGCUCGCAGUACAUGCUCGAUCCCAGCAGCGGCAAGCUUGACGGCAUUGACAUCCGAGUUCCCGUGGGCCCCUCUGUCUCUGCCAGCGAUAUCAAAUGCACGUUUGCGCCACGCCACCUCAAGGUCACCGUUGGCGGCAACGAGGUACUUGGCGGUGACCUGCACGCCGCUACUUCUGUCGAUGAGGCUACGUGGACCGUUGAAGGCGGCAUGCUCGUCGUGUCUCUGGUGAAGGAGGCCGCCGGGUACUGGCCCGAGGCCCUUGUGGGCGAGACGCACAUCAACCCAUUUGUGCACAGGAAGCACCUGCUGCGCGUGUUCAGCGAUCUAUGGCAUUACUUCCAGGGAUAUGAUUUUCUUGCUCAAAAUGCAGACCAGUCGAUUGUCAAGCGCACCAACUGGUACAUCCAGGACGAGGUCGGUCUGUCGAUCAGCCACAGCAGCGACCCGAACGUCCGCUGCCUCCCACUCCUUUACCUUGACCCGCACGGCCAGAUGACACCGUUCAGCAUCAUGUGGCCGAUCAAGACGAUCCAGGAGAGCGAGGCCCUUACGCGCGACUACUGCCCCCCGUGGCUCAAGGACGCCAACCAGCGCCAGGGAUACCUGCAGGCUAUUUUCCCAGAGCCCACGCAGUUUGCGCUUGACGCGUUCGAGCGCAUGCGCGAGAGCUUGGUGGAGACCGCCAAGAACGCAGUCAGAGCCAACCUUGCCAGCCUCCCGGUUCCCAAGCACCAGAUCAAGAAUGUGUUUGUGCAGGGCGCCUCGCCAGACGCUGAGAAGGCCAUCAAGGAAGCCGGCCUGGUGCUGGUGGAGAGUGCGGAUGACGCUGACGUUGUUUUUGAUGACGUCCCCCACAGCAGCAAGCAGAGCAACCAGCACCCGCUGAACAGCGUCUUCUUCUCGACCGAAAACACAAUCAUAGCCUUCCAGGGUAUUAUCGGCAUGCAGAGCUGGCUGCGCCCUGGGUACCACUUGAAGAGCCAGAUCUGCGAGUUUAUCGGCGCGGCGCUGAUGGACGGCAACAGCUGGUGGCUGCUGACCAACGACCAGGCCAUUCCAAACGUGCGCUCGCAAAAGAUCAUCACCAACAACUGGGCCACGGCCGUGCGCCACGUCGACGUCGGCUACACGUCCGCCCUGAGGUGCACCCCGUCGGCGAUCUCUGCUGACCAGCUCCACGCGGCCGAAAAGAUUGUGCUGCUGACUCCCGACAACGGCCUGUACGUGUGGGCGAAAAACACUUGGCUCUAUGCGACCCCCAUCCAGCAGCGCGACAACAAGCCCGAGCCGUACCAAAUCGAGGCUGAAGAAUCGGAGAUUUCAGAGUCCGCAUUUGCGCACUACCUUGACACGAAGCUCGGGCCGGGCACAUUUGGCCAGUUUGGCCAGGAGAUGGAGGACAUCAUCGCCGACAUUAUCCGUAUGAUGUUGAGCAUUGAUUCGAGCGACGGCUGCAACUUUGGUGUCUUUAGCUUCCGCUUUGCGUUCACAGCGAGCGAAGACACUGGAGCGCUCAAGCCGUGCGUGCAGCAGAUCACACCCGUGUCUGUGGGCGAGAGGCUGGCCCUGGACAAGGCUUUUGUCCCGGCCAUCGCCGCUGUGCUCGCCGGAAACCCAGAUGCCGGGCUCUGGCGGCAGAUCAAGCCAGAGUAGGCGCAAUAGAAAAUUUUAAAAACAAAAAGCUCGUGU